UCGGCGCCCGUCAACCCCCCCCCCCCAACGCCCGAUCAGAUCGCGCGAGCACAUCCUCGGCCCCGGCUACGUACGAGCUACGUCGUACCUUAUCUCGCAAGCUCCUGCGGGGCCCCCAUCCAUCUCACCCAUCCAUCCAUCCAUCCAUCCACGACCGCCCCGCCCCGGUCCGGUGAUGCACAGCUUCCGCUUUUAGCCUCAACCUGCCGCCUGCUCAAUGUCAACGUCCUCUCACCACAGCGACGCCCGCACCUCGACCUCCUGAUAGGCAAUGGCUGCGCCCGGUGCGGACGCCGACCCAGGCCCUGCCCCUGACCCGGGAUUCGAAUCCGCAUCCGCUGCCGCCGCCGCUUCCUCCUGGUCAGGGACCACCCUCCCCGACGAGCUCAACCUCCUCACCCUCAACUGCUGGGGUCUCCUCCACAUCUCGACCCUGCGCACGCCGCGCCUCCUCGCCAUCGGCCGGCACAUUGCGCGCCUCGACCCCCCGCCGCACAUCGUCUGCCUCCAGGAGUGCUGGGUCCAGGACGACUACCGCGCCAUCCGCGAUGCCACCCGCCUCGUCCUGCCCCAUGCCAAGUUUUACCACAGCGGCGCCUUUGGCGGCGGCCUUGCCAUCCUGAGCCGCUGGCCCAUCGAGGAGAGCUCCAUGGUGCCCUAUCCCCUCAACGGCCGGCCCACGGCCUUUUGGAGGGGCGAUUGGUAUGUCGGCAAGGGCGUCGCCUGUGCUUCGGUGCGCUUCGGUCCCGGUGAUAUGGACGUCGUCCAAGUCUUCAACACCCACACUCAUUCUCCCUAUGAGAGUGGUCCCAAUGACUCGUAUCUCUGUCACCGCACCGCCCAGGCGUGGGAGAUGUCCAAGCUCCUUCGCGCCGCCUGCCAGCGCGGCCACCUCGUCGUGGCCCUGGGAGACUUCAACAUGUACCCCCGCUCCCUGCCCCAUCAAAUCAUCACCGCUCGCUCCCCCGUUCGCGACGUCUGGCGCGUGUUGCACCCGGACAGUUCCAUCGGCCCCGCCGACUUCCACCUCGAGAAGGACCGCGGCCUGCCGGUACCCACGGCCGAGUACAACCUCUCCAAGAACGGCACCACUAGCGACGGCCUGUACAACACAUGGCGCUGGACCAAGAACCGACAGAAUAAGCUGCGCUCCGGCGAUCCCUGCCCCGUCGAUGCCGCCGCGCAGGACGUCAACGGCAAGCGCCUCGACUACAUCUUCGCCUCCACCGGCGACGUUGCGGCGUCCGGCCGCGGCUGGGUCGUCAAGGACGCCUCCGUCGCCCUUACCGAGCGCCACUCGGAGCUCCACGUCUCCCUGUCCGAUCACUUCGCCGUCUUCGCCACCCUCAAGCGUCACGCCCUGCCGCCCUCCUCGGCCACCACCGCCCGCCACGGCGACGACGCCUCCCCGUUGUCGCACUUGGACGCCCAGCUCCUGUCGCACCCCAACAGCGACCACGACGCCCUGCCCAUCUCCGCCUACGACGAAAUCCUCGCCAUGACGCGCUGGUACUUUGCCCGGGAGCGCUCGCAGCGCCGCUGGCGCGCCGUCCGCUUCUAUGCCUCCCUCGCCGUCUGGGUCGGCUGCCUCGUCGCCGUCUGGUGGAGCCCCCGCAACUUCGUCGCCUUCCUGCUCGUGCUCCUCGCCAGCCUGGUACUCGCCGCCGGCGUCGUCGAGGGCCUGCUCGCCCUCUUGUUCUUCUCGUCCGAGAUCCGCAAGCUCAAGGAGUUUGAGUGGGAGGUUGAAAACGCAAAGGCCUUGGCCCUUGCGUCCCGCCCCGACGGCAGCGAGGCGUCGAGUCCGACCACGCCGAGGAAGCUGCAGUGAUGUCGUCGGACCUGCCUACUUCUUUGCCUACAUGUGUACAUCGGCGUGUACCUGAACCUGCCUUGAACAUGUUGUCGCGUGUACAUCAUCACUCCAUGUCAUAGUAAAUAUCAUAAUCAAU